UCGGUUCGAUUCUUUUUACAAUAAUUAGCGAUGCUUACGUGAACACUACUCGACUGCUACCAACGCGCUCUCUGUCCCUUGAUUUUCAAUGAUUCAAGCUCUCAAACUAGGGUUUCGCUAUUCGAGUCCCGGGUGUUUUUCGGCUGUGAAUUUUGGAAGACCUAAGUUUAAGGGACCGGUUUGUUUAUACUGGGCAAUGGCAUCCAGACGACUGCGGUCCAGUUUACGAGCAUCAUCUGCGGGGAACUUGGAGGAGUCAACAAGCGUUGAUGCGCCGAAACCCCAGAAGAACGCUUCCAAGGCGAGUAGGGGGGGAAGUGGAGUUCUUGAGGAGUCUGAGGUUAUAGAAAAGAUGACUCUUCAACAGAUGAAAUCAAGACUGAGUACAGGUGAAGAUUCUUUGGUUCUACAAUAUCAAGAAACCCCUGAGGAGAAGUCAGCUGUUUGUAAAACUAAUUCAAAAAGAAAGGCCAAAGGAUUAUCUGAAAGUGAUCAUAUUCAAAUUACAAAUGAUGGUUCAGACAUUUCUGGAGGUAAAAGGAAGAAAACACAAGUAAAAGAAUCACCUGAGGAGAGCGUUCACGUGAAAUCUCGAAAGAUAGCAACUGAAAAAGAGCUGAUUAGUCAAUCAACUGAAAUUGAAGGUGGUCGAACAAAAAAGAAAGCCUCUUCAAAGACCACUAUGUGCAAUAUCAAAGCUCAUGUCAAGGUAGAUCUUUCUGAAGACGAACCCUGGACAGUUCUUACUCACAAGAAGCCCCAAAAAGGGUGGGCUGCAUACGAUCCCAAAACUAUGAGGCCCCCUCCUAUUACUGCUGAUAUGCCACAUGUGAAGUUAAUGUCUUGGAAUGUCAAUGGUUUAAGAGCAUUACUGAAGUUGGAGAGCUUUUCGGCACUGGAACUUGUGCAAAGAGAAAAUUUUGAUGUAUUGUGCUUGCAAGAGACAAAACUACAGGAAAAAGAUGUUCAUUCCAUUAGACAGACUCUCCUAGAAGGUUAUGACAAUAGCUAUUGGACUUGCAGUGUCUCAAAGCUGGGAUAUUCAGGAACAGCUAUCAUUUCACGGAUAAAACCACAUUCUGUCAGAUAUGGGUUGGGCAUAUCAGAUCAUGAUAGUGAAGGACGCCUUGUCACUGUGGAGUUUGAUAACUUCUAUUUAUUGUGUGGCUAUGUUCCUAAUUCUGGUGAUGGUCUUAGACGACUGUCAUACAGGAUAACUCAGUGGGAUCCUUCUCUCAGCAACUACAUGAAAGAUCUGGAACAGUCGAAACCUGUUAUUCUGACUGGUGAUUUGAACUGUGCUCAUCAAGAAAUAGAUAUUUGGAACCCAGCAGGUAACAGAAGAAGUGCAGGUUUUACAGAUGAAGAGAGACAAUCAUUUCAAACGAACUUCUUGGAUAGGGGUUUUGUCGAUACCUUUAGAAAACAGCACCCUGACGUAGUUGGCUAUACAUAUUGGGGCUACAGGCACGGUGGACGAAAAACCAACAAAGGGUGGCGGCUCGACUACUUCCUUGCUUCAGAAUCGAUCGCAAAACAAGUAUAUGACUCUUACAUUCUCCCAGAUGUUGCUGGAAGUGAUCAUAGUCCUAUUGGCCUCAUUUUGAAGCUAUAGGGUGUCAUGCUGAUUUCUGUUGUAUUCUCGAGUCAGUGAUAUGCUGAAAGCCAUCUUGAUCGCAGAACUAGUGCCCGCUUUCUUGAACAAAACAAUCUAGAGUGAUCUUCUGUAACAGUAACGAUCUGGAUUCAGAGGAGAAUUUUUGGAGACACUUCGGUCAGUAGCACUGAAGUGUAUGAAUCAUCUUCUGUCCAAAAUUAGUCGAGUCAGAUGCGAGUAGAAGGGUUCAAACUUUGAUAGCAUUUAGAGAACGGAUUUCCUUAAGGGCUUAGCAGGGCCUAGUUCAUUGGAAUUUUUGUUGUGCAAGUUCACUGUAUUCUCAUAGGUUCUAUGGCAGGAUCUUUGGCCCC